AUGAACAAUACAUUUUCUUUUACGGAGCCAACAUCUUUUCAAAAUACAAGACGUCUACAUGGUCAAACUUACACUUCAGGUGCUGGCCACUUCCAAUUUCAACGUUCCACUUCCAAGACUAAUAAUGCCUCCGAUUUUGAAACAAAUGCACUUGAAGAGUCUUUGAGAAGACGAUUGGACUCAGAUCUUAACGAUAAUACAUCACAAGCAUCUCAAUCUACAAAAAAUGUAGACAUACAAAUGCUCAAUCUUUUAAAUCGAAUCGAAACGGCGGGCCGCGAAGUUGAUGAGCAAAAUAUUAUGCUUAAACGCCUUUCUAACGACUUGAGUUUAUUAGAAGCACAAAGGCCAGAAUUAGAUCUUGUUCUAGCCAAAGUUGAUAAUUUUUAUCAAGAUAUUGAACGGCAGACUAAAAAACGAUGA